GGUGUUGCAACGUCGGGCCGAAUGUGGGGAUCAGCUGCUGGCCGCCACGUGACCCGUCCGGGCGAUAAAUGGACGGCGCGGCGCGGCUCGGCACAGUCGCCCUCGGCACGGUCGCCUUCGCCACUCCUCCCGCGCGUCCCGAGACGUCGGAGCCAGCACCCAGCACCCAGCACCGCAGCCAGCACCGAGCGCCGGCCGGAUGGAGCGCCCGCAGCCCGACAGCAUGCCCCAGGAUUUGUCAGAGGCCCUGAAGGAGGCCACCAAGGAGGUGCACGUCCAGGCAGAGAAUGCCGAGUUCAUGAAGAACUUUCAGAAGGGCCAGGUGACCCGGAAAGGAUUUAAGCUGGUGAUGGCCUCCCUGUACCACAUCUACGUGGCUCUGGAGGAAGAGAUCGAGCGCAACAAGGAGAACCCCGUCUAUGCCCCCCUCUACUUCCCCGAAGAGCUGCACCGCAGGGCCGCCCUGGAGCGGGACAUGGCCUUCUGGUACGGGCCCCGCUGGGAGGACGCCAUCCCCUACACGCAGGCCACCAGGCGCUACGUGCGACGGCUCCACGAGGUGGGGCGCAAGGAGCCAGAGCUGCUGGUGGCCCACGCCUACACCCGCUACCUCGGCGAUCUGUCUGGGGGCCAGGUCCUCAAGAAGAUUGCUCAGAAGGCCCUGGACCUGCCCAGCUCCGGGGAGGGCGUGGACUUCUUCACCUUCCCCAACGUCGCCAGCGCCACCAAGUUCAAGCAGCUGUACCGCUCCCGCAUGAACACUCUGGAGAUGACCCCCGAGGUCAGGCAGAGGGUCAUCGAAGAGGCCAAGGCUGCGUUCCUGCUCAACAUUCAGCUGUUUGAGGAGUUGCAGGAGCUGCUGGGCCAGGACGCCGAGGACCAGAGCCCCUCGCAGGCACCGGGGCUGCGCCGGCGGGUCGGCAGCGGGGCGCGAGAUGCUGCUCUCACGGAGACUCCCAGAGGGAAGCCCCAGCCGAACCUUCUCUCCCAGGCGCCGCUCCUCCGAUGGGUCCUUACCCUCAGCUUUGUGGUGGCAACGGUUGCUGUGGGGCUUUAUGUCAUGUGAUUGCAAGGGUGCUGGCCCCUCAGGCUGUGAACUCUGUCCCACCGAGGGCCCUCUUUCUGGAGAGGGCACGUCUCUUGGCUGGCUUCCUUACUGUAGGCAAGGGGGGCUGUCUGGGCCCCCCCCCGCCUGCCUUGUCCCUGCGUCCCUCUCUCUCUGGAAAGGGAGGAAGAGCCUGCGGCAUCUUCCCUAACCAAAAGCACAUCCAACUCAACGACUUGCACUUCCAAACUGGGAUGAUGGGUCCUGCCUGGACCCUCAGCAGCCCCCGUUCCUGCAGCAGAGCCCAGAAGACAUGGCCAGAAGUGGCAGCUGUCUUGAACCUCCCCAUGCCCCGAGUUUGCGGUCUCCUUGACACACCAUGACCGCUUGCCCCGUGGGCCAUGGCAAUUUUUAUACAAACGUGCAAAGAUGUUGUGUCUUGUGUUUGUCUUGUUUUUGUCGGAGCCACUUUAUGUUCCUGGCUCAACGUGAACUGUGGUAUUUUGUCGUGUUCUGUUUUUAUAGCGGGGUUGGGGUGAGUUGGGGGGGGGGGUGGGGAGGGAGGUGUUUAACGACACUGUGGCCUUGGUCGCUAACUUUUGUGUGAAAUAAUAAACUACAUUGCCUGAUAGUAA